AAUUAUAAAAUUAAUUGCUUAUCAGCCGGAUAAAUUAACCGGAAAACACAAAUGUAAAUUAUUAAAGCGAACGACCAAUAGUAAUGCGCGGUUCAUAGGAUGUUGGCGUAGUUGUUUCUCCGGUUAGCACGCCACACCCCUGUCGACGGUGGAAAUUGUGUGAAAGUUUUCAGCAGUUGACCGCUGUGUUUUCGUACCGUAAAGUAAAACAGGCAAAUGCCCUUUACAAUUUGAAAACAAAGGGGGAAAGUUAAAAAAAUCCUCCUGGUGUUGCAAGUGCGUGCGAGCGAACACGUGUCAUCGGAGUAACUGUUAUGGGAUUAAGGAUAAGUGAUUAAGUAGUAAACAAAAUGUCACAAACAGAUACCUUUAACACUUCCUUUAUAAGGACUCGCUACGGUAUUAUAAGGAUCAUCCAGUUGGUAGUAACAAUAUGUGCUCUGAUCAGCAUGGGUUCUGGUCAUUACUGUGGCCACGGUGGAAAAUACGGUUUUUACGACUUUGUAGCCGUUUCCUGCCUGAUAUUUCUAAUCAUAUUCUUCGUCAUGAUGAUCUUGAGAUUAGACAAAUAUUUAACUGGAUGUAUUAAUUUACCAUUAUCCUUCCUCAUCAAUGAUGCGAUAUUCACAAUACUGUACCUCAUUGCCGCCAUUUUACUAUUUACAACCUUAAGUGGUGGUUGCUACGGUAGAGGAGCCAGAAUUGCUGCAUCUAUAUUCGGUGUUUUGGGAUUUCUAAGUUUCGUCGCCAUAACCAUUGACGAUUAUAACUGGUAUAAAUCCGGCAAUGCACCUAUUACACUUACUCCAACAAGUGGAACUGUUCAACCCGCUUAAUUUCGGGAUUGAAUAUAACUUUCCAAAUACUGCCAAUAUUCUUUUUUUUUUAAUUUUUGUAAAUUUUUUUCUUUCUAUAUUAACAUAAUUAUAUUAAAUUAUGGAAAUUUGUCACCCCCUUAGGUUCUUGAAUGCUUACUGUGUUUUUAUUAAAUAUAAUAAUUUUUUUGUUAAGUGUUUGGUUAUAAUUUAUUGCUUUAUACCGUUAAGCGAUAUAACAAGGAUGUAUCUAAUAAUAUCAGAAUAAAAAUGAUUUAAUACUGUAUUACUAAAUAACUUUACCACAUGUCAAAGGUAAAGUUAUUCGUCGUAUCCAUCUUAACCAUCGUAAUAUUAUACAUAACUUAAAUUCAAAGUGAAUUUAGCAUAAAAUAUAAGGUUCACAAUACAAUAAGGUAGCGG